AUGAACUUGAUGAAACCGAUCCACGGUGUUUGCUUCAUCUUUUUGGGAUUACUAUCAGCACUAAAAUGUCACACGUUAGAAAGCGACGACCUGAAGCACCUGUCGGACCGAGAAAUAGUAGAAUCGUUGGUAAAGCAAUGGGCUCCCCUGGUAUGGUUGGCACCCAACGAAAAGUACAUGCCGGGGGAUGUGUCCAAGUUUCUUGAGCAUGUCCACGCCGAGGAAGCGAAGGUCGUGACCGUCUAUCCGGGCAGUGAGAUCACGGAGUUCGACGAUCUAAACAGCUACGACAAUGGUAUGACCAACGAGCUUUCCUACUACGAUCCCGUGGUGCAGCAACAGCAGGGACGAUUUCGCAACAAGCGAAACUUCAAGGACUCGUCCACGUCGUUGGAUCUGCUGUUCGACCUGCCCAUCGGGAAUGAGUCGAAAAAUUGGUACCUCGUGACCAACGGCAAUGUCGACGAGCUGAUCGCCGACCAGGAGUCCUUCAUCCACGGGCAGAACCCUCUGAAAGAAGAUGUGCCAAUAUAUGCGGUAAUCAGCACGUGCAGACAGCCGGCACCCGGCAUGUUGCACAUGCCUGACAGUUUGCCAUUCCCUCUGCCAACGACGACGGGCUCGUAUCAGUCCACCAGCCCACCAGUGUUUCAUAGUAUAAAUAAUCAAGAGAAUGAAGUGACAUAUACAGCUAAGGAUCGUCCACCGUACAAGCGCAACCCGUACGCACCGACGCCCAAAAACAUCUUUGAACUGCAACCCAAUCUGCGGCAGGCUGUGGACAAGGUGGAGAAAAGCAUUCGCUUGAUCCGCAGACGACGAAGAGAUGCGCAAGAAGACAGCACACCCACUACUGAGCCGCCACCCCCCGAUCAACCACUUGCAUCGGAUGCAACGGCCAGAAAAGUCAUCGUUGAGUCAUCGGCUCCUGGCAUACGGGACAACACUAUCCAAUACGGUGCGGAUGAGUCAAUCGAGAAUGCGUCUCCUAGCGAAGAGAACGAGGAAUGGGAAACCAUUACUGAGCGCAGACAUGACAAAGCACGCUAUCCGGACGACGGCUCCUCGCAGUAUCCUCACUUCCACGUCACCUAUUGGAUGUUCUAUCCCUACAGUCAGGGAAAAGUGAUCUGCACCAUUGAUUUGGGACCAUUCGGACCAUGGCCGAUACCACUGCUAUUUGGUAUGUGUCUCGGCACCAGGAAGGAGUUUGGAAGUCACGUUGGCGACUGGGAACACAUGAGCCUUUCUUUUCGUGGAAGACGUGAGCCCGAUGAGAUGUACGUGUCAGCGCACGAUGCAGGUGCAUUCUACUCAUACGAACGUCUGACAGGAACGUUCGAGUAUCAUAGUCAAGAGACGAGAAAAGGCAUUCUCCAGCAACCAACCUUCCCCAAGACCGUCAUCACUUCCGGCAAUCAUCCGGUACUGUUUGCUGCCGAAGGUUCCCACGGUUUAUGGACGGCACCAGGAAAGCAUAAGUUCGUGCGCGUACCACGCCUGUACGACAUCAAUGGAUUCGGGAUGCCUUGGUCUACGUGGAGAAACGUGGAGCUCAUUCACGAGAAUGAAGCCAAAGGACGCAGCGCGUUGCGACCCAAUUGGAUGAAGUUCAAUGGCCGGUGGGGUAAUCCGAAAACAAAAUGCCACCCCCUGAAACGUAUCGGGUUGCACAUUUGUGAGCUAACGGAUGGACCUACGGGAAUUCCACGCAAAAAGCACCACUUUAAGUGUAAAGCACGAUAGGCUCCGCACC